GUGUGUGUGUGUGUUUGAUUGACAGCUGCUGGAGGAGUAUGGGUACGACUGCCAGCGCUGCUCCCCAGCCCACGCUGCAUGAGAGUUUCCACGGCAACGGGAUGACGGACAGCAGGCGGUCGGCGAGCUCCGCCUCCUUCCAGGCGCUCAGCAUCCACAACAACAAGGCCAAGUCCAUCAUCACUAAUAAAGUGGCUCCUGUGGUCAUCACGUAUAACUGCAGACAGGAGUUUCAGAUCCACGAUGAUGUCCUCCGUACAAACUAUAAAGUUGGGAGGAUCUCGGACAACAUGCCUGAGCACCAUCUGGUCCAGGGAUCCUUCUUCAUGGUGCAGGACGUGUUCAGUAAAGCAGACGUCCUCAGCACCAGCUCCUCGUACGGAGCGCCCAACUUCCGCCGGAGCAAAGGCAGCUUCCCGCUGUACGGCAUGGGCCAGCCCAGCCUGGGUGGCUUCAAACAGGUCCUCCAGAGACUGCAGGGCGAAGGCCAUCAGGAGGUGAUUUUCUUCUGUCUGCGUGAGGAGCCGGUGGUGUUCCUGCGUUCGGACGGAGACUUUCUCCCCUACACUCCCAGGAGGAAGGAGAACCUUCAUGAGAACCUGCACGAUCUCGGACGCCAGGCGUGCUCGGAGAACCUGGAGCUCACCAUCAGACGAGAGCUUCACGACUUCGCCAAACUCAAUAACAACGUGUUUUACGUCUACAACGACAUCGAGCAUUUUAAAGGAGAGCCCCAGAAGAUCUGCAUCAGCGGUGAAGAAGACAUGCACGUCACCGAGGAGGUGUACAAGCGUCCGCGCUUCACCAUGCCCUCGUACAGGUAUUACCGUCUGCCGCUGCCCACGGAGCGAGCGCCGCUCGAGGAACAGUUCGAUGCCUUCGUCAACGCUCUCCGGGAGAAUCCGUCUCUGUCCUUGAGUCGUGACGCGUCGCGGUCUCUUCCCGCUCUGCUGUUCAGCUGUCAGGUGGGAGUCGGCCGAACGAAUCUGGGAAUGAUCCUGGGAUCUCUGGUGAUGAUGCACCUGACACGGGCGACCCAGGAGCCCUCAGCACCAGCCGAAGAGGAUGUGACAGAGAAACCCAAAAUGCAGUUCUGGGUUAUUCAGACCCUCAUCAGUAAGCUGCCUAAAGGUCAAGAGGUCAUGGAAGAGGUGGACAGAGCCAUCGAUCUGUGCUCGGAGAUGCACGACAUCCGAGAGGCGAUUUACGAGAACAAACAGAAGCUGGAGGGAAUCGGCGAAGACUAUCAGAUCCAGGGAAGCAGCACUAAAGAUUACUUCCUCCAUCGAACUCUACAGAGUCUGGAGCGAUAUUUCUACCUGAUCGUCUUUAACGCUUACCUGCAUGAACAGUAUCCGCUGGCGUUCGCCUGUAGUUUCAGCCAAUGGAUGUGCUCUCACGCCUGGAUGUACCGCCUCCUCUCCUGCAUGAACCAAUCAGAGCUCAGAGCACCAGCGGACCUGCUCACGAAAGGAGCUCGAGUUCUGGUUGCAGAUGAAUAUUUAGCGCCUGACGUUCUGAGCACCAUUAAGCAGAUGAAAGUGGCUAAUUUCAGACGAGUGUCCAAGAUGUCAAUCUAUGGGAUGGCACAGCCCACAUCUGAGGCGACCGGAGCCGUUCUGGAGUAUCUGACGGAUGAGAAGAGGAAGCACAGCAGUGUAUUGUGGGUGAAUUUGCAGGAUGAGCUGGUUGUGGAGGGUAACGGCCAGAUCUUCUGUCCCAGAGAGCCCACGCGUGUGGACCAGCACAUAUGUGUGCCCUCGUCCCAGACGCAGCAGAUCGAGAUGCUGGAAACGGCUCUGAAAGAGGAACUCGUGGGAAGUCAGAAAUGGCUUGAAGUGACUCUGGAGCAGGAGAAGCAGAUGAAGAUGUUCAAGAGCUGUGUGACGGUGCAGGAGAUCUUUAACCAGCACAAGAGUUCACACCAGGGCCUGCGGUACACACGGAUACCCUUCCCAGAAUGCUCUGCUCCGACUGAAGAGGGUUUUGACAGGCUGCUGGAGGCGAUGAAGUCUUGUCUCGCUGAAGACUCUCUCUCUGCGUUUGUCUUUAACUGCUCUAAUGGUAAAGAACGGACGACCACAGCAAUGGUGAUCGCUGCGCUCACGCUCUGGCACUUCAACGGUUUUCCAGAGUCUUGCGAGGAUGAAAUCGUAAGCGUUCCUGAUGCCAAAUACACAAAGGGCGAGUUUGAGGUGGUGAUGAAGCUGGUGCGCUUGCUCCCUGACGGUCACCGGAUGAAGCGGGAGGUGGAUCUGGCGUUAGACUCGGUCAGUGAGACCAUGACGCCGCUGCACUAUCACCUGCGAGAGAUCAUCAUCAGCACCUACAGACAGGUAGGGGGCGCUCUGUCAUCUCAUCUACUGACAGAACAUAUGUACUGCCUGAUGCUAGCUUUCUUAAAACCGCCAGCUUUAAUCUGAUUGGCUGGUUCACAG